CAGUCGAUCAUUGGCUAGAUCAAAGUGCGUGUCGCUUCGCCGGUAGAGCAUCCAUAUAGUGCGCGCAAAAGUUGCGCACCAGUCUUUACGGGAGUUGCAUCACUACACGUGAAGUCGGUCCUUCGCGUCUCCAUUUGAUUUCUUGCUGAAUUUCAUAAAAAUACGAUAAAAAUGUUGGCCGCCGCAAGAUUAUUGAGUCGCAACUGCACGGGUAUCAAGUGUGAUAUUACGAGGAGACAACAGUUCAGCACUUUGUUUAAAAAUGCUGCUGCUCCAGUAUCCGUGGUCCAAAAGCCCAUGGAUUUGCAACAGUACCGUUAUAAAUCAGAAGGUGUGAAGGGUGCAGUGAUUGGUAUAGAUCUUGGUACAACAUUUUCCUGUGUGGCGGUAAUGGAAGGCAAGCAAGCUAAGGUUAUUGAGAAUUCAGAAGGUUCAAGAACGACACCAUCCUAUGUUGCAUUCACAAAAGAUGCAGAGCGGUUGGUCGGUAUGCCAGCUAAGCGUCAAGCAGUCACCAACUCUGCAAAUACCUUCUAUGCCACAAAACGUCUCAUUGGACGUAAAUUCGAUGAUCCUGAAGUGAAGAAAGAGAUGAAAACUGUGUCAUACAAAAUCGUACGUGCUAGCAAUGGUGACGCUUGGGUUCAGGGCAGUGACGGGAAAAUGUAUUCGCCAAGUCAAAUCGGGGCCUUCGUUCUCAUGAAAAUGAAGGAGACUGCUGAAGCCUACCUCGGUCAACCUGCGAAGAAUGCAGUUGUCACCGUUCCUGCAUAUUUCAAUGACUCUCAGCGACAAGCAACCAAAGAUGCCGGACAGAUAGCCGGUCUUAACGUUCUUCGAGUUAUUAACGAGCCGACUGCAGCUGCUCUUGCUUAUGGCAUGGAUAAGACUGACGAUAAAAUUAUUGCUGUUUACGAUUUGGGUGGUGGUACCUUCGAUAUUUCUGUUCUGGAGAUUCAGAAGGGUGUCUUUGAGGUUAAGUCCACUAAUGGUGAUACGUUCUUGGGUGGUGAGGACUUUGAUAAUGCUUUGGUCAACUACUUGGUCAAAGAAUUCAAGAAGGAUCAAGGAAUUGAUGUUACCAAGGAUCCUAUGGCCAUGCAACGAUUGAAAGAAGCUGCCGAAAAGGCGAAAAUCGAAUUGUCCAGUUCCCUGCAAACAGAUAUCAACCUUCCGUACUUGACAAUGGAUUCCAGUGGACCGAAGCACUUGAAUCUUAAACUUAGCCGAAGCGUUUUUGAGAAUCUCGUCUCAGACCUAAUUAAGCGCACUAUACAGCCAUGCCAGAAAGCACUGUCCGAUGCUGAAGUAUCCAAAUCAGACAUCGGCGAUGUUCUCCUCGUAGGAGGAAUGACCAGAAUGCCCAAGGUUCAGCAGACAGUACAAGAUAUUUUCGGGCGACAGCCAUCAAAAGCUGUGAACCCUGAUGAAGCUGUUGCAGUUGGUGCUGCUAUUCAGGGUGGAGUACUCGCUGGUGAUGUCACGGAUGUUCUUCUUCUUGACGUCACUCCACUGUCUCUGGGUAUCGAAACACUUGGCGGUGUGUUCACCAGGUUGAUUUCCCGUAACACCACCAUUCCCACAAAAAAGAGUCAAGUCUUCUCCACCGCGGCUGACGGCCAGACUCAGGUCGAAAUUAAAGUUCAUCAGGGUGAGCGAGAAAUGGCCUCCGACAAUAAACAACUGGGUCAGUUUACCCUCGUAGGCAUUCCUCCUGCACCCAGAGGAGUACCACAGAUUGAAGUUACCUUCGAUAUUGAUGCCAACGGUAUCGUACAUGUCUCCGCUAAAGACAAGGGAACCGGCAAAGAACAGCAAAUCGUUAUCCAAUCAAGUGGUGGAUUGAGCAAAGACGAAAUCGAGAACAUGGUAAAGAACGCCGAACAAUAUGCAAAGGAAGACAGGAUCAAGAAAGAAAGAGUUGAGGCAGUGAACCAGGCUGAAGGAAUUGUUCAUGACACCGAAGCCAAAAUUGAAGAAUUCAAAUCACAGCUGCCCCAAGACGAGUGCGAAAGGCUCAAGGGUCUCGUCGAAAAGCUCAAAGAAACUCUUGCUAAGAAGGAUAGCAUGGAUCCUGAAGAAAUCAAAAAGGAAACCAAUGAGCUUCAACAGGCCAGCCUUAAAUUGUUCGAGAUGGCAUACAAGAAGAUGGCUGCUGAACGCGAGGGAAGCGGAGGUAGUCAGAGCUCACAGGAACAACAACCGCCUGAGGGUGAGAAGAAGGAGGAGAAGAAUUAAAUAUAAUCGUACAAUUAAAUUGUCUAAAAUCAGACACGUCACCGCGUAACCAAUGUGGAAUUCAUUGAUCGUCAACGUCGUUCAAUCUUUUUAACUAUUCAAGUUACAGGGGUUCGAAAGGAAAUAAUAUAAUAAGAUCAGUAUCGUUGUCGCACGUAUACCAAAAACUCUAGUAUGUAUAAUAAUACGUACGCGCCUUCCUUAUACAUUCUAACCUAACUUUAGAUAGCCGACGAUUCAGUGAAUCCAUACCCGGUUCGUAAAACAAAAUUAGUCAUUACUCGCAGAGAUAUAAGAUCAUUCAAUUUCACAAUGAGGCUCUUCCUACAUAAGAUCAGUAAAAAUUCUCAGGGAUACUGAUCGUCUUUGGGUAGCCCAUGAUCUUUUUUUUAUUUUAAUUAUCAAAAGACAAUUACUAAAAAAAGAAUCUUUUGGUUCUCAGAAUGUCCUUCGUUUACAUUUGGCAGUUCAACAUUAAAUUCUGCGACGUAUGCACUACUUACUAGUAAAUUAAUAUUACUUCAUAUUAUUCGUAAAUCUAGAAUAACAAGCAUUGUAGCGAAAGCAAAUUGUCAUGUAUAUUGUGUACAUAAUGUGCCGUGUGAAUUGGAUCGAUUUUUUUGACUGUAUCAAGAAAGGAUCCAGUUCCUUUGAAAAGCCUCGUCAUCGUCAGAACAACGUUAAGAAUUUAAUGUGUAGGCUGAUAACGAUGACAUUCUUAUUCCCAUGUAAGCGACCACACAAAGAGGUGAAUAUCUGUUUAAAUCAGAUAAGUUCUAAUUUUUUGUGCUUAAAGUAUCCUCUUCGUGUGGUUAAAAUUUUCUCACGCAUAGAAGAAAAUUGGGAUGAAAGAAAUAGUAAAACCUAUCCAGUGUGAAUGGGACAAAGCCUCUGUGAAGGAGGUCCAAGAAAGAAUGAGAAAGAAAGCGUGUUACUAGAAUGUAGCCAACAUAAUAGAAUAAGCAAAAACAAUACUGUAGAAAUACUGUAUAAGAAAUAUCUGUCGUACUAUUGUCUCGUUUAAUCCAGUCCAAAUUUUUUUAUUUACAAUAUCUACGGAGCAAAAAACUUCUAUCCUUCAAGUUUUCGUUGUGUUUGUUGAAUAAACAGUUUUAAAUUUAAUA